AUGGCAGAUAGUCGUGACUCGAUCAAAACAGCAUACGCGUUCUAUGCUGAGGAGCAGGAUGAUGGCGUGGCAAAAAUCCAGGCGGUUUGCAAUACUUGCAAACGAGCCCGCACAUACAAUCGUCAACGGCUCCGACAACAUCUUAAAUCGCAUAAAUGGAAACCGACCACUGCCGGUACUUUAACUUCCAAAGCAUCUGCAAACGGAAGUGGUCUAGGUUCCCAACUCGAGGUGCUAGAUUCACAGCAGAUCGCAAGCGUUGUACGCCAAGAUUCAGACCAGCCAGCGAUUCAAGCGACUCAGAGUCAGCCCUCUGCCGGAGAUGCCACAGUUGCUCCUCUCCUAACUCCCGCCAAGUCAGAGAUAUCCACCAUCGCGAAUUCAGAUACUAUUCGUAACCUUCUAAGCAAGGUGUAUCAAUUCCGAAUUGAUCGCUUCUUUCAAGCUCGAGACUUUCGUCAACAAAUGGUCGAUUCAUGGGAGAGAUUCUUCCAACAAUAUACGGAAUGGCAGGGUGAAUGUGACAGCUUCAUCCAGAAGCUAAAGAACGAAGGACGCCAUGAUGAUGCGGAGAGCGCAGCUCGAUAUCUGUUCAGAGAUCCCAUUGUCUCAGAACCUGGGAAAUUUGUUGUGGCGUUCCCUACCGGACACGGCGACGAGGUUUUCACAUUUCAAGGAUUCAGCCAGAACAAGAACACGAUGACUGGGACACAGGAACAACAGAACUCAGGCCGACCUCCUCCGGUUGCUGAUGCCGUGCCGAAGAUACGACCUUCUUGUAGUCGUUGCCGGUCUCGUUCCGUUGCUUGCAACCAUGACCGUCCCACUUGCUCCAGAUGCCUCGAAUCUGAUGCCCCAUGCUUCUAUGUGGGUUCAUCCUCGCGGCAUGACGAGAACAUACAAUUAUAUUCAGGCUUUCCCAAGGAGCACCUGCAAGAGAAAUGUAAAGAAAGAGGAUUGAAUCAGGGAGGGGGCAAGCCAACUCUUGUACAUCGCCUGGCGCAAGACGAUGGCGAAAAGAGGCUUAACCAUAAGCCACGUGAAAAGCGACGCCGCUAAUUCCUCAUGGAAGCAUGUGCAACGAAGAGACAAAUACGCCUCUCCGCAACAAAGCUGCAACAAUUAGCAACAACUAAGUGAUUAGCUAGAGGGUGUGAAGAAUGAGGAAUGGCGCUGGCUGUACGAGUCUGAACGAAGUUUACUAGGUAACUCGAAAUAGUCUCUUCGGAGUAGUCCUCAGAAAUCAACAUGAGAGUGUGUAUGUCUUCAUAUUAAACCUCAUCGACGCGUGGUAUAGUAGACUUAGUGUCACCGACGCGCUGUGUUUCCUACCAUACAAUCGCCGGCAGGAGUUCUUUCACCAUAAUAUCAACUUGCGAAGUGACAGGUGCUGCAUCUUUUGCUGAUACUAAGGCAAUGAAUCUGCCUAAAGCCAUAAGAGGGAAAUAGUGCCGGUAGAAUGUAUAACCGAUGUAGAAGAAGUUUGGAAACUCAGUCCCCGUGUAAAGCGUCUCGGGCCAUGACGCGGCAGCUUCUCCUCGGCAGUCCGUCUGCGUGCGUAGGAGAUGGAAAAUGCCGCCUAAUAUGGCUUUGUCAUCUGGCCCUC